UUCAUUUAUUGCAGAGACACACCUAGGAUGUACUGGUACAUGUUGUCUUUCCUUCUCACCAUCCAAGAGAUCAACCAGGCUCUCAGGCUCUUACCCAACAUCACCCUGGGCUACAACCUCUAUGAGAACUAUUUCGAUGCAAGGAUGACUUCGGACGCCAUGCUAGAGCUGCUUGCAGGCAGUGGAUGCAAUAUUCCCAAUUAUCACUGUGGAGAACAGAAUCACCUGCUGGCUGUUCUUGAAAGAAGCAACACUUUCAUCUCAAGAGUGAUUUCAGCCUCGUCAGGCAUCUACAAAAUCCCACAGAUCAGUUAUGGCUUCACUGCCCAGGUUCUCGAAGGUAAAACCCUGUUCCCUUUUGUCUACCGGAUGCCUCCGAAAGAGGAAAGUCAGUACCAGGGGAUUGUUGAAUUGCUCCUGCAUUUUGGAUGGACGUGGAUUGGCCUCUGCACUCCAGACAAUGACAGUGGAGAAAGAUUUGGGAGCGCUGUGAAACCUCUGCUGCUCAGCAAAGGGAUCUGCAUUGCUUUAUCAAAAAGAGUACCAGAAAAUGAUAUGAAUCAAUUUAUCAGGCCUGGGGAACCUUUUUUCCUAUGGAGACAAGUUGGGGUAUUUUUUUACUAUGUAACCAAUGUAAGGGGCAUCAUUCUACUCAUGUCAAUAAACGUGGCAUAUGAGAAGGAAAUAGGGGCAAAAGUCUGGAUCACAACAGCUUUGCUAGAAAUCAGAACUGGCUAUUACAUCCCUCCAAAUUACUUCCAGCACCUCCAUGGUUCUCUGUCCUUUGCAAUUCAGACCGGAAUAAGGAGCAGCAAAGGUGACAACUAUAAAUUGCAGUCCAAUCUUGGGGAUUAUUUCAAUCAAGCAUUUCAGUGUUCAUAUUCAAAGCAUCUGUUGUCCGUGAAAGGCAGGGUAAGAUGCAGAGAGGAGGAGAAACUGCAGCCAUUGUCCCAAGAGGAGCGUGAGAGAGCCCUGUCUCAUGACAGCUAUGGCACUUACAUCGAUGUUCAAGCUGUGGCUCAGGCCUUGCAUGCUUCGCUUUCAUCUAGAUCCCAGAGGAGGCUGAUGGUGGAGGAAGGAGAGCAAUGGGGACCCCAAAGGCUACAGCCGUGGCAGCUUCACCCUUUCUUGAGAGAAAUCCGGUGUCUGAAUACUUCCAGAGGCAGGCUGUGCUUGGAUGAGAACUGGGAGCUGCCAGGAGACUUCGAUAUUAUGAACUGGGUGAUGUCUCCCAAUAAGUCUCAUGUCGUUGUGAAAAUUGGGAAUAUAAGGAGAGAGACGUCUGCUAGUAUAAAGUUCACCAUUAACCCAGAAGCCAUUGAGUGGCCCAAGAAAUUCAACAAGGCAGUGCCUCGUUCCAGGUGUACAGAGAGAUGUCGACCUGGAUAUGCCAAGGUGGUUCUAGAAGGAAAGCCCGUUUGCUGCUAUGCUUGUGCUGGGUGUGCGGAAGGGACCUUCUCCGCCCAGGAAGAUGCAGAACAUUGCACCAAAUGCCCAGAAGAUCACCAUUCAAACAAGGACAGAGAUCAAUGUGUCCCCAAGAUUACCACCUUCCUGACUUAUGGAGAAUAUUUAGGAAUGUUUUUAGCUUCUGUUGCCCUCUUCUUAUCUAUAACAGCAGGCAUUGUGUUGGGAAUCUUCAUUAAAUACAAGGAAACUCCCAUAGUCAAAGCCAACAACCGGGACCUCUCCUACAUCCUCCUCGUCUCCCUCCUGCUUUCCUUUUUGUCCUCCUUCCUCUUCAUCGGGCGCCCGAGGAAAGAGACCUGCCUUCUCCGACAAACGGCCUUCAGCAUCAUCUUCUCUGUUGCUGUUUCUUCUGUCUUGGCAAAGACCAUCACGGUGGUGCUGGCCUUCCUGGCCACAAAGCCUGGGAACAGGGUAAGGAGAUGGCUGGGCAAGAGUCUGGCCAACUCCAUUGUCAUCUCCUGUUCUGGGGGGCAAGUUCUCAUCUGCACCAUCUGGCUGGGCUCUUCUCCCCCAUUCCCAGAGCCUGACGUGCACUCCCAGGUGGAAGAGAUCAUCCUGCAAUGCAACGAAGGGUCUGUGGCCAUGUUUUACGUUGCCCUCGGCUACCUGGGCUUCUUGGCUGCCACCUGCUUCACGGUGGCUUUCCUAGCCAGGAAGCUGCCCGGCUCCUUCAACGAAGCCAAGCUGAUCACCUUCAGCAUGCUGGUCUUCUGCAGUGUUUGGGUGUCUUUUGUGCCCACCUACCUGAGCACCAAGGGCAAGUACAUGGUGGCCGUGCAGAUCUUCUCUAUGUUGGCCUCCAGUGCUGGGCUUCUGGGCUGCAUCUUCCUUCCCAAGUGCUACAUUAUUGUGCUGAGGCCUGAUCUGAACACAAAGGAGCACAUGACAACCAGAAAUUAAGGGGACAUCUGAUUCUUAAAAUAGUCCAUGUUCCCGAUGCCCAGAAGUGCAUAAAAGAAACACAGCUACUCAUCCAUGUUGCUCCUUCUCCACCUCUGAAAGAGAUUAUGUUCAUUCUUAGCCCAACUUUUAUGUAGUCCUGUUCACAUGAACAGUAAGAUGGGAGGAAAUGUUUUGCUACCUUGCUUUGCCGAGGAUUACAAUGAAUCCUGGUGUACUGCCCGUAGUUUGUAAACUAUUAUCUUUUAAUAAUUUUGUGUUUUGGGAACUUAUAUUUAUCUCACAACAAGAUAGUCCAGAGGGAGAUAGGAGUUAGGUUUUUGAGUCUGUUUGCUUUGUCAUGACUACCUAUUAACCAUAUCAAUUCUAAUAUUCCACAAUACUGUUUGGUGAUGCCAGUUCUAUGUAUUCAAUUUUCUAUGCUCCAUUUCCCGCAUUUAUGCGCUAUCAUUCAUAAGCUCGCUUCACAUCAUUUUGUUUUCCUAAGCUUUGUAUAUCAAUAAACUGAGAAAUUCA